AUGUCUGAAGAUUGGCUCCUUCGGAUCGUGAAUCUCUCCUUUUUGCAAGAUGCUACCACUUCGCUCGCUCACGGGUUUUGUUCUCUACGCAAAUCUCGGCCAUUCUCCCCCGUCAAUUUUCUUCACUCGAUGCUCGGCUACCACUGGCCAGGGCUGGCUAGACACGCAUCACCUCCUGUCGGUUAUGGCAGCAGCUGUUGCUCUUAUAGUCGGGCUCGUGCCAGUGAAUGCGUUAGCUUCCAUGGAUCUUCGUCGCUUGCACAUCUCGUCUCUCCUUUGGAUUCCUUUUUGUGUCUCGCACGCUACCGAAAUACCGGCCGAGGCUUCUUGAGCUGCCAUCGCAAUCCAGGACGACGCACCCGGCCCGUCGCUGCAAUACCGGCCGCCGCACACUGCACCACCGCCGUAAUCCCGGACGCCCCCGCCAAGCCGCCUCAAUCCAGGACGCCACCGCCCAGCCACCGCAAUCCAGGAUGCAACGGGCCAGGCGCCAUAAUCCCGGAAGCCCCUGCCCAGUCGCCGGAAUCCAUGACGCCCCUGACCAGCCGCUGCAAUCCAGCACGCCGCUGCCCAGCCGCCGGAAUCCAGGACGCCCUGCACAGCCGCCGUAAUCCCGGAUGCCAACGCCCAGCCGCCGCAAUCCAGGACCCCCCAGCCCAGCCGACGGAAACCAGGACGCCCCUGCCCAGCCGCCGUAAUCCCGGAUGCCACCGCCCAGCCGUCGCAAUCCAGGACGCCCCCGCCCAGUCGCUGCAAUGCAACACGCCCCUGCCCAGCCGCCGGAAACCAGGACGCCCUGCACAGCCGCCCCGCUGCAAUCGAGAGCGCCCCUGCCCAGCCGCCGGAAUCCAUGACGCCCUGCCCAGCCGCCGUAAUCCCGGAUGCCACCGCCCAGCCGCCGCAAUCCAGGACGCCCCCCGCCCAGUCGCUGCAAUGCAACACGCCCCUGCCCAGCCGCCGGAAACCAGGACGCCCUGCACAGCCGCCGUAAUCCCGGAUUCCCCCGCCCAGCCGCAGCUAUCCAGGACGCCACCGCCAAGCCGCUGCAAUCUAGGACGCCUCCGCCCAGGCGCCGGAAUCCCGGACGCCCUGCACAGCCGCCGUAAUCCCAGAUGCCACCGCCCAGCCGCUGCAAUCCAGCACGCCCCUGCCCAGCCGCCGGAAACCAGGACGCCCUGCACAGCCGCCGUAAUCCCGGAUGCCACCGCCCAGCCGCCGCUAUCCAGCACGCCCCCGCCCAGCCGCCGCAAUCCAGGACGCCUUUUCAGCAGCAGUUAA